AUGAAGGUCCACCCAACUCCAAAGAAGCGAAGCAUUUUCACCACCCAAUACAAUGAUGCUUCUCUCACCCACACCCCAAGCGCAAAGAAGCUAAAAAGACUCCCUCACGUGUUUGCUAGAGUACUGGAACUUCCGUUCCACUCAGACACUGACGUUUUGGUCCAAGAAACUCCAGAUUCUUUCUGUUUCGUGGCAAACAUUGAGAACAUAACCAUUCCCGAUGAUUAUCAAGCCCACGUAGUUGAGAUAUUUCCAGGGCUGACAAAGAUCGUGGUAAUUAAAGAAACAGACAGCGGUGAUCAUUAUCCUUCCAUGGAUGAACUUGAAAUCGACACGUGGACCUGUCGGCUCCCGGCCACAGUGCUCCCGGAGAUGACGAGUGCGAGGUGUAUUGAAGGACAGUUGGUUGUUACUGUUCCAAAGACCCUGAAUUUGGAGAAUUUUGCUGGUGGGCAAAAUGUUGACGACGAAGCAAAUAUAAGUUGGCUUGAUGGAUUGCUUUGA